AUGCUAAGAUACAAGAUUGUGUACACUGCCAACAACCGUUCGUGGAAGAGCCCAACUGAUGUACCUGUGCGACAAGUGUCCAGUGGUUGGUCAGAGAUGGUGUGGCUGAGUGAGGCGCUUCUGUGGUCGCUGCUGCUGUCUGCUGCUGUCUACCUUAAUGCCGCUCAUCAGCUUCAAACAUAUGGUAGUCACGGCCCUGAAACACCUCAGGUUAUAAGAGCAGUUCUUGGAGAAGAAUCUGACUCAAGAUGCGCUGUCUUCUUUUUUGCUGACGGAUCCCCAUCUACUACCUAUGUAUUAAGGGAGACAAUUUAUCCGUGGUCUCCCUGGGGUGUAGCAGUGUUUGAGGUGACAUCGAACAUCCGCAACGCUAAUGAGACGUUGGUGCAGCUCAUCACUGUGGUUGCCAAGGCUCGGCGGCUGCGACGGGAGUCGUGGUGUACGACUGUGAUGGUGAUGAGUGACGACCCAGUCUUUCUCGCAGUUCUCGUCGAGUGGUCCCUAAAGAACUUCCUUGUGUGGUCAACGAGACUACUUGUCGUAACCCGCUUGUCUCUUCUGCACUUGCAUCACCUCCACGAAGCCUUCUCGGUGACCAACUCCAUGUUGCUUGUAGUGAAUGACGGUUCGAAAAUGUUCAGUAUGUAUACAUACCUGCCCUACAGCUUACCAAGUGACAAUGCAAUAUUGCUUGCUACCUGGUCACCCCAACGAGGUCUCACGCUAGCUACCAAUCUACCGUUAUUUCCCGAUAAAUUCACCAGGCUUUUACGACGACCGACACUAAGAGUGGCGACGAGUACCUUUCACACUAAAGAAGUAGGAAAAGUCCACAGUGACUGGAGACAUCAAGAUCAUAUGCUGGACUACCUAGCUCAGGGGAUCAACUUUACGUACAUCUAUGUAAUUCCGACUGAUGGAACGUUUGGCUCCAAGCAGAAAGAUGGAGCCUGGACUGGUAUGGUGGGCAUGGUAGUCAGGAGGGAAGCAGACUUUGCACUUGAGCCGUUUGGUUUCUCUGAGAGUCGCAGUGAGGUGGUGGACUUCACCUGGCCAGUGAUGAUACAGUACUGCAGGAUCCGUAGUCGAGGCAGGCCGAUGGUGGAUCCCUGGGGCUUCCUGCUGCCUCUAGAGCUGCCUGUGUGGGCAGCCACCCUGGGGGCGCUCAUGAUGCUGCCUGCUGCAAUGCUGCUACUGUCUACAUGCUUCUCCUUCAAAACUAAUCAGCAUACCUGGGUCAAGGACAUUUUUGACCUGACACGAAUAAUAUUACAGCAAGAUUACAGGACUUGGGCGCUGGCAUGGUGGAAGAGGUUGAUCAUUGGUGGGUGGGUGAUCAUGGCCUUAGUGCUCAGUAAGAGCUAUGGUGGAAACCUCAUGUCAUCGCUGGCAGUGAGACACAUACAGCAGCCCUACCAGAGCAUCCGUGACGUGCUGGACGACCCCUCUGUUACCAUGCUGUGGCAGACCAACUCAGCUAACGUCCAGUACUUUCAUUCCGUUGAGUCCGGCAUCUUUCGUGAAAUAGCUGAUUCAGAGAUCAAGGGACGUAUCACGUACAAAUUGCUCUCCGAGUUCCCACAAGCUAUCAACACACUAGUGAGGAGAGGCGACCACGUCUUGAUGGAUCUGGAGAUCGUUAUAACUGUGUUUAUCGGACAGUACUUCACUAACACAGGAAACAGUUUCACGUCCGCCUGUGCCUCUCUCAGAGAGGCAGGAAUUGUUCUGAAUGGAUCAGAAAACUGUGAGAAGAAUUCACUUCUUAGGGAAAGUAUAAGGUAUUCAUCUAAUAUGAUUAAUUCUUUCCCAAGAUGCUUUUCCUUGAGUGAGGCUGGGUUAUACGAUCUGUGGUUCAAGUAUGUGGUGCCAAAUGCUACCUCCUGUGUAUACUCACCAAACAAGAUAACAGUCAGCUCGUCCCUCUCUCUCACCAACCUAUGGGGCAUGUUUGUGAUCCUACUUAUAGGUCACACAGUAGCUGUGUUGGUUCUGUGUAUGGAAGUAGUGGAAAGCUGGGUCUUUACACCUUGAACAGUUACCUGGCAAGUGAUCUGAACUUCCUUGGUCUCCGGAUGUCUCUACAUCACUGGGCUUAGUGAAACUUUGCUCUAUGGAACCUUUCAGAAUGAAGGAAAAUGCACACAAUGUAUAAAUAUCUAUAAUUGUAACUACGUUACCCUCACUAAUUUCAGCAGUACACCA